ACAUCCAUGCAGUAGGCGUUUAUACCUGCUUUACGUUUUUAUAAUCGUGGUUUUGAAGGAAGCAAAGUGCAGUAGCACACCUUAUUUCCAUUUAUACGGAUUUUAUUUCCACAACAACUACAUUCAAACUUGAUUGCAAAAGUGGUCUAGACGAAGUGGAGUGAAAACAUAUGAGGAGUUCCUCUUCCAUCCAAAGUGGAUUAUAGAUUUAUGCCAGCAUGACUACCCCAAUGUCAACGUUGUACGGAUAUACAUUUUCAACGACCGGGAUGGUUACCGCGUUGAAUGCAACCGCCGAAACCGUCCUCCACAAGUCAAACUCACUCGCAGUUGUCCUCGAGUCUUCCACGCUCGCUCUCAUCAUGGCGAUCGCAAUCGUAGCCAAUCUGGUCGCCAUGGUUACCAUCUUCCGUGUCCCGAUGCUGAGGAAGAAUCCGCAUAAUAUCUUGAUCGUCAAUCUGACGCUGGACGAUCUCGGGGUCGCGUUAACGAGCAUGGUGUUUUCAAUGAUAUCUGUAUUCGAUAACGGCCGACUCUUGAAGACAUAUCCUGUCCUGUGCGAUUUUAAUGGAUAUUGCACAGUGUUAUUCUCCGCUUCUAGUUUUGCCACAAUCACUUGCAUCGCUAUCGAUCGCUACCUAUCUGUCGUCUGGUCUACGCGCUUCCCGCCAAGCCAUCGACGCUCCUGCAUGAUGGUUGUCGGGAUCUGGGUUUUCUCCGCAUCAUACGCAGCUUUGCCAUUGGUCCAUUUCCUUUCAUCUUUCUCCUAUCUGGACGGCACGCACCAUUGCUCGCCCAUCUGGGAGAGUUGUUUUUUCUACGUUGUUGGUUUCAUGGUCAAUUAUGUUGUCACAAUACCCAUAAUGUUUCUUUGUUACGUGUUUGUCUUCCGUGUCAUUUGGAAGAAACAGGGGAAGUUAAGUGAAUACCGGGCAGCAGCCAAGAACCUCACAUAUAGCCAACAAUCAUUUGAUGACACGAUUGGCGAUUCUGGAUCUAAGACGGGCCAGUCUGUUUCCUUUGCGCUUGUUCCUCCAUCUUCCGGGAUGUCCACUUCUUCAGACGAUAUUAAGGAAAGGAAUGGAGUGGCAAGAAUGUCCAAGUCUCUAUCGAUGCCACAGCUGGAUGUUUUGGGGUCUGAAGAAUGUUCUUCAGUUGAUUUGAAAACAUGUGACAGAUGUACAGGAGAUUGCCAUCUUAGAGGAUACCAUAACUGUGAGAGAUGCAGAUCAGUGCUCACCCAACAGAUUCGUGGCUGCACUGCAAACCAAAAGAAUGGACGGGAAAGACCUGUCCAACGAUCAGCAAGCACAGUUGGACCCUCAAGGAGAAAGUCCAAGCGAGGUCAAUCUCGCGGACGGAGUUGUUCAACUGACAGACAGCUUUCUGCAUCCAGGUCAUUUGGCAAAACUGACGUUGAGGUCAGUAAACCGAAAAAUGUUUCAAGAAGUCUUGACCGAUCCGGGUCUUUCUUUUCUCUGUCAAGUCUCCGUCGCAUGUCGUUAGGGCUGAAACGCAAUACAACUGGAAAAGCGACCAAAGAGCAGCGGAAGAUGUACAGGAAACGUAUGAAGAAACUCACAGCAGACAAGCAAGUUGCUCUUACAGGGUCAUUUCUGAUUCUAUCCAGCCUCAUCUGUUGGUUACCUUACGCCAUCACACGCUCUUGUUUCUUCCCUGUCGACACCAAACACUGGGUUGAGGUCACCGCCAUGUGGAUCUCCUUCGUCAAUGCUUUCCUCGAUCCCGUCAUCUACGCUUUCAUGAACAGGCGAGUCAAGGCCAAGAUAAGGGAGGACUUCAGGGCUAUUCGACGGUGCUUCAGGUCCUGCGGUCGCAAUGAUUUAGAGGAAGACGACUCGUAGAGAUUGCUGAUGGCCGCUGUCAUCAUUAUCAAAAGCAGCUGAAGCCUACAUGCCAAUCUUCAGACAAUCCAAAGUAUAUUUACCACUGACAUUUGUGACUUGGAAUAAAAAGGUAAAAUGAUUCAAUACUUCAUGGCCAUUAAAUGUAGCUAGUAAAACCAAAAGCCGUUUCAUAGAGUUAAAACAAUUGCAACUUUGCCAUUAUGGCGAUUACCAUGUACACUCUGAUCUUGGUUGGUAGUUUAGUUUAUUCUCUGCAUUAUUGAAAGUUAUUUCAAAGGUACAUAAUUUCAAGACCAGCAAUUGAUAACACUCAGUUAAUGAGAGACCAAACACUUUUGGACACCGUUCUCACAACCUUCCUAAAACUAGUUUAGAAGCGAUCUUCACACAUUUUGAGCGCGCUACUUCACACACAGAAUGCCUACGCUGCGAUUUCAAAUUUUGCGUGAAACGUGACACCCCACUGACAGCGUUCCCAUAGCAACAAGAUCACUUUACGUGAAGUGAUUUUGAAAAACACUUUCGGGUAAUCAAAUGGGAACGCUAGCAAAGCGAUCUUCCAAACUGCUCUCCUGACCGGUUUCCAGUAAACUAGAGUUUUAGAAAGUGUAGUGAGAACAGGGUCUUGGUCAGUCAUUCUACUACAAUGAUAAGUAUGUGCAUUAUCGUCACACAUAUCACUGACGUAUCGCUUCUCAGUCACAAACCUCUGCACCACUCACCAUCAAGUCUGAAUUUGGUCUGAACAAAUCUGAACCACAUACGAAUUGCACUCUGUAGUCGAGCACUAAACCUGCAUCUUGCCAGUGCUCUCUCUCACACACUCUGUGCAAUGUGCAUUAACGAUCAUAAAAAGACAACUAUGCACUAUUCUUGUUACCAAAGAUUCUAUAUUAUUCCAUUCACCAAUACACAUACAUAUCAUAAAUAUUACAGAAUUUAAUGUAAUUUUCCAAAUUUACCAUCAUGUAUAAUGUAUACAUGAAUGAAAUCCACACACAGAUUUGAAAGUUACAGCACACAGGCACUUUUCCGUCUUGUGUGGAAUUUUCAACCUCUUAUAUUCUCAGAUUAGAAUUAUAUCUAAAAAACUGGUUAGAACACAGAAAACAAUACUUUUUUACUUUUAUAAAUAGUUUGUUUUACAUAACACUUCCUGCACAUUUAGAACAGUUGCCUGAAGAGGAAAAAAAAGGUUUCAGCUUGACAUACAAUAGAAUACUUUACCAAGAAAUGAUGGACCAUGCAAACAUUGUUUUUUUUAGAGGUACUGGCCAUGGCCAUCUAUCUACAUCAAUGUAUGCAGCAAUAUAGAGGUAUAUUUCAUAUUACAUCAGCUUCUUUUCAAAGAUAAAGUCUGGUAAUGGACAAAAAACAGAAAAUAAAAACGCUUACAGAAUUACACAAAUCUUACACAGAAAUAUGAAAAUAAAAAGAUAUCUGCCAAUUUUUUUCCUUCAGAAAAAUGUAUAAUUACAGAGUAAUUAGCGAACGAUGAACAGAAAAAUUAAUGAAAAUGCCUGUCUGUUUAUGGUGCGGUCCCACAUGCUGUUUCCUGUGUUAGCUACACAGGGAAAAGCAAAUGGUAAUGAAAUGAAUAUGAUUCCAAGCAAGCAUGAAUUAUUUCAAUUUAACUUUGUUCUCAAUAAACAUUCUGGCAUAUGACAAAUACUGCAGUACUGCUUCCAAUCAUUUCCUAACGAAAUUAGAUUUCUAUAACAGAACUCAAACUUAAGUUUUAAGAGAGGUAAACUUCUAUUACCGGUAUAUGCACACCUCGUACUUAGACCCUGUAGCUAAACAUAGUAUACUCUAGUAUACUUUUAACUAAUGAUAAUGACAGUGAUUUAUUAAUUUUCAAGUUUCAUUGCUUUAUGCAGGUUAACCCAAACAAUGCAAGAGGUAAAGUUAAUUAUGAAUCUUAAUAACAUGCAACAUUUUCAUAGUGCUAAAUACAAUGUUUCUAAGCGCUGCAUACUAUUACCCUGGCUUUAUCACGGCUACCCUGAUCAGGCGCAUCAAGCAUUCAAGGAAUUCCUUCCUACCGGGUAUCCAUUUACUACACCUGGGUGAAGAGUGGCAAAUGUAGAUAAACACCUUGCCAAAAAACGCAAGUGCCACGGUGGGAUAAGUACUCCUGACCUUUCAUUUUGAAGUCUAGAUACUUAUCCACUGAGCCACAACACCUCUAGUUAUAUGUACACCCUGUACAGGGACCCUAUAGUUUAGAAUAAUUCAUUUUUCAAGUUUGCAUUAAAAGGGUUAAUGUGAACAAGGCAAAGAAAAUUUGUCAUGUUUUCUGUCGUAUCUCUCUUUUGGUGCUUUUGAUACUUUGUCAGGAAUAUCAACACCUACAUGUAAAUAUAAAAUGUAUAAUUUACGAUGGCAGGAACAUUUACGAAGUGUAAUUCUUUUAAACAGCCUUAUACAGGUCAUUUUAUAUUUUUCAAUGCUUAGUUCACCUGUGUUGUUGAUGAAACAACGUGCCAAAAUAUAUAUGUUUAUCAUUCUCAUCAAUUAUGAAAUUUGCUCUGUGACUAUCACAAAAAAAUAAUCUAAU